AUGGCUGAUACUGCUUCCGACUUGAAGACACUGCUCGUGACUGGAGCAACUGGAAACCAAGGGAAAUCGCCAAAUAUCACCCUGCUUGCCGGCGAUCUGGACAAUUGCGAUGCAAUUUUCGCCUCGGCCCCUGCUAAGAUCGACGCUGUAUACAGCGUCCAAGUCAAUGUUUUCGGCGGGCCAGAGAAGACGAGGCAAGAAGAAAUCUUAGCUCGGAACCUCAUUGAGUCCUCUCUAGCACACAACGUUAAGCAUUUCGUGCAGAGCAGCGGCGACCGCGGUGGAUAUGCACGGUCUGCUGUAGAUCCAACGCCGGUGCCGGUAUUUCAAACAAAAUUUCACAUCGAGCAGCAUCUCAUCAGCCGUGCGGCGGAGAAUGGUAUGACUUGGACAAUCUUGCGGCCAGUGACUUUCAUGGAAAACUUAAGCGAAGAUUUUCAGGGAAAGGGCUUCGCAACAAUGUGGAAUGACAUUGGCGAGAAGCCGCUGCAGCUCGUGGCCACAAGAGAUAUUGGAAUUUUUGCAUCAAAAGCGUUGCUGCACCCCGAAAACCCAAUUUGGAAGAAUAAGGCGGUCGGCAUUGUUGGAGAUGAGCUCACUCAGGUCCAAGCAUCGGAGAUAUUCAAGAAGGUGACGGGCAAGUCAAUGCCCAUUGCUCACUGCUUGGUGGGUAAUCUCGUCCAGUGGAAAGUGCCUGAGAUCAAGGCCAUGUUUUUGUGGUUUAAGGAAAAGGGCUGCGCAGCGAGCGUGAAUGAAUGUCGGAGCAUUCAUCCUGAGAUGCUCAACCUGGAAGGCUGGCUGAGGGAGACCGGAAGAUGCUGA